UGCCGGGGAUGGACACAUAGGAUAACACGCUGGGGAUGGACACAUAGGAUAACACGCCGGGGAUGGACACAUAGGAUAACAUGCCGGGGAUGGACACACAGGAUAACAUGCCGGGGAUGGACACACAAGAUAACAUGCCGGGGAUGGACACACAGGAUAAUAUGCCGGGGAUGGACACAUAGGAUAACAUGCCGGGGAUGGACACAUAGGAUAACACGCUGGGGAUGGACACAUAGGAUAACAUGCCGGGGAUGGACACACAUAGGAUAACAUGCCGGGGAUGGACACACAUAGGAUAACAUGCCGGGGAUGGACACAUAGGAUAACAUGCCAGGGAUGGACACAUAGGAUAACACGCCGGGGAUGGACACAUAAGAUAACAUGCCGGGGAUGGACACAUAGGAUAACACGCCGGGGAUGGACACAUAGGAUAACACGCCGGGGAUGGACACACGGGAUAACACGCCGGGGAUGGACACAUGGGAUAACACGCCGGGGAUGGACACAUGGGAUAACA